GAACAAAACCAAAGCUCCAUCCCUGUUCCUCCUGCUCUGUGGCCUUCUCCAGUAAGAAACUCCUCAGCCAGCAUGUGGGCCGCAGUCACCCCUCUCAGGUCCUUCCAGGAACAUCAGCAAUAAAACACCUAAAAUCAGAGGAACACUGCCCAGAUAAUUUGAGUCAGCAGCAGCAAGGGACCAACCCACACAGCCGGAAUGACAAAGCUGAAGAUCAAGAGGUCAAAGAAAGGUGCAAACCUUUGGUGAAAGGGAUCAUGCAGAGGAGGAUUCCAAGGGCUUUUCCCGAACCACCCAGUAAACAAAUGGGCGGCUGCAGGGAGCGUGAGAGAAUGAUGGAGGGAGAGCCCAGCACAGGCCAGAAGGUGAACCCAGAGGACACAGUAAAACUAUCUAUGGGAGUAGGAAUGUCAAAAACUGUAAGUGUCAAGCAAGGCGUUCUUGAUCAGUCACAUAUCAUUCAGCACCAGGGGACACCCUCAGGGGAAAAAACCUAUGUUUGCGGGGACUGUGGGCGAGGCUUCAGUAGAAAGCCAAAGCUCAUAAGACACCAGAGGACACACUCAGGGGAGAAACGUUAUGUUUCCAGGGAGUGUGGGCGAGGCUUCAGUAGAAAUUCAAAGCUCAUAAGACACCAGAGGACACACUCAGGGGAGAAACCCUAUCUUUGCAGGGAGUGUGGGCGAGGCUUCAGUGAUAGGUCAAAUCUCGCCAAACACAAGAAGACACAUUCAGGGGAGAAGCCCUAUGCUUGCAGGGAGUGUAGGCGAGGCUUCAGUCAUAGGUCAAAUCUCGCCAGACACAAGAGGACACAUUCAGGGGAGAAGCCCUAUGCUUGCAGGGACUGUGGGCGACACUUCAAACAAAAGUCACAUCUCAUCACACACCAGAGGACACACACAGGGGAGAAACCCUAUAUUUGCAGGGAGUGUGGGCGAGGCUUCAGUGAUAACUCAACUCUCGUCAGACACAAUUGGACACACUCAGGGGAGAAGCCCUAUGUUUGCAGGGAGUGUGGGCGAGGCUUCAGUGAUAAGUCAAGUUUCAUAAGACACAAGAGGACACACUCAGGGGAGAAGCCCUAUGUUUGCAGGGAGUGUGGGCGAGGCUUCAGUGAUAAGUCAAGUCUCCUCAGACACCAGAGGACACACUCAGGGGACAAGCCCUAUGUUUGCAGGGAGUGUGGGCAAGGCUUCAGUUUAAACGCAAGUCUUAUCAAACACCAGAGGACACACUCAGGGGAGAAGCCCUAUGUUGGUGGGGAGU